AUGAUGAAAUCAUUCCUGAGCCACAAAGGCGAGAAGGCAUUGAUACUGGGGUACUUAUGUGGAAUGUAUACAUUGCAAAUUCUCUUUGACAUAUGUUCAUCUGGGACAUUGACUCCGGACGAUUGUCAUGAAGCGGAUCAGAUCAUAGCGUCUUUGUUGGAGCAUCUCGAGUCUAUCAAGUCCAAGAACUCUGUUAACAAGACGUUUUUUGGGAAGUCUAGUAACAAGAAAACCAACUUUUCGAAGACACUAGAAGACGUUUCUGAAAGUCGGAAGUUGAUCAAUACAGUUGCCACAGAGAAGUACUCAAAAUCACGCAUGCAGAUGGAGAAGGGAAACGCCACGGGAGACACAGUGAAUAUGCUAAAUGAGGCGUGCAUCUUGUAUCAGAUCAGUUUGGUCAUGUUUCCCACAACCGAAGAGAAUAAUGACGAUGAAAUGAGUCCAAGUGAUGGACUUGAAGAGAAAACGUUGGUUGGCAAAGAGGAGGAUUUAGCAGAUGGAAAAGAGGAGAGGAAAGAAGACCUACAGGGGAAUUCAACAGUCUUUAACGGAGAGGAAGAUUCAAUGGACGAUGACGCGAAAACUGAAGAACAAAACACUUCUGAGACUAAUGAUACGAAUAAAAAUGAUUUCGAGAAACAAAUACAGAGUCUGCAAGACGAAGCAGAACUCCAGGCCCAUGAACUAGAAGGACCUGUUGCCUCAUUGAUCGCAGCUGAAGAGCCUCUAAAAGUGGAACAACUAUUGACAAACAGCAUCAUCAAGCAAAGGAUCUCGUACUGCAAAUAUCACAGUAGGAGAAUAAUGGUGUGUUUCAAGACGGGAAAGGACCCGAAUGAAGAUUUGAUGGGGUUGCUCAAUCCAAACAUACCUGUUGAUUCAGACGAGGAGGAAGAAAUCAAACAGGAAGAUAUAGACAAGACGAUAAAGAGUGUUCUACAAACGCCCGAUGAUGCGUAUGAUUAUGACGAGGUUUAUCUGUCGUCUGAUGAGGAAGGUGAAGGUGGAGCGGUUCUGUUUCCAAAGGCUCCUACCAACCGUGAAGCGAAUGAGGAGGGUGAGAUUUCGAACACCGAUCCGAGAAGCAUACCCGAGCUUCCCAAACGUGACUACUCCGUAGCCGAUGCAGUUGCAAAAAAUGUGUCAAAAGCCCGACUUGCUUCGCCCAAGGCUUCUCCAGCACCAAAAGUUCCUGUAACCUUGGAAUCUCUGGAGAAGGAACUAUCAAACGAAGAACUGCUGAGCGCUGCUUCCAAAGCAUGUAAAUUCGCGAUAUCGGCGAUAACGUAUGGAGAUGUUGAUACAGUGAUUGCGGAACUGAAAGAAGCUUUAAAUCUGGCUGAAAAGUACAAGAGUGCUACAGAUACUUAG